GUCUGGUCUGUUUCGUUUCAGGUUCGAGAUCUGGUGGAAAAGUGCACUUGCCCCUCACAAUUUCCCAUGGUACGAGUAUCGGAAGGAAAAUAUCGUAUCGGAGAUACCAAAGUGCUUAUUUUUGUUCGGAUUCUACGGUCGCACGUAAUGGUUCGGGUCGGCGGAGGUUGGGACACGCUUUCGCACUACUUGGAUAAGCACGACCCGUGUCGGUGUAAGGCGCAGCAUCGCUCAUCGGUGGCCGCAAGACUAAUUACCAAAACAAACCAGUCGAACAACGGCAUUGAGCUGCACAAGGCACAGGUGGUUUACGAGCGAUCACCAACGCCGUCAUGGAAGGCAAAUACCCAUACCGCACAGACUGGAUCGCCCAAUAUGGAUAGCCUGGGCAGUACGUUGUCGCCGCCAUCCCGCGCGCGCAGUCGCAGCCGCAGUCCAAGUGCUCAGCGUAAAAUUACCCAUAACAAUGAAUCGACGACGGCGGCAACCGCACACGAGAAGGGCUACCUCGCUUCUCCAAAUUUGACUCGCCGUUCGAUGUCGCCUAGUCCCCGUCGCUUAGAUAUGAAGAAAAAGCAAAACUCGCUGGAUUCGAGUUCGACGGUAGUAGCAGCAGCACCAGCACAAGCAACUACUACCGUUCAUAAUAGCGGAAGCAAUCAACUGCACCAAGCAACGGUCCACUUUGAGUGCGAUCGUGACGGUUCUAUUAUAACUAAUACUGAUAGCAGCAAGACUGAGUCCUCCAGUGAGGACAAAACGAGCAAAUACGAGAACAUCAGUGACAACGGCAGCGAAAUCAGCGACGAGGGUUAUCGCAGUUUGGGAAUAAUACAGGCCAACGGAACGGCGGCGACGAGCCAAGCACAAAAGCGAGUGUCCUUGUACAGCCAAGCCUCGAACGAAGAUGCUGAAAUUAGCGUGCAUCUCGAGCAAACAAACUCGGACUCGCAAGUAACGCCAACGGACGACAGUAGUUCGAAAGCAAAUGAUGAGGAUCUCACCACAAUCUCGGAUGAGGGGACAGCAAAAUCCGACGACGUUGACAAAAUCGCAGAAUUGCCGGACACUGUAGAUUCCGUGGGCACUCCAGAGUCGAAUUUUGCAAAAUCCGGCGUGUUCAUCACUGAUGAUGAGAUCACAAUCGAUAUCGCUAGCAGCACUGGCCUAAGAAAGACUGGAUUUUCCGAAAAUUUGUAUGAUCCAAACAGUCCGGUAACGCCCAAGUCAACGACUACGGCUUCAAAGAUUCCCAAGUCGCCCUUGCCGUCGCGACGCAAAAGUGCGGAAGGGUCUUCAACGGCCGCCAGUGACAAGGCAUCUACGUUGAAUAGGAAGAUUCCCACAUACCGAUCCGUUCGUAAGGUGAACCCAUCACCCGACCAGAAAGAUAACACUUGGAGUGGCAGGACCACCAAGCAAAGAACACCUCUCGCAGCAGACACUUUUGAUACCAAAGCAAACUCUACACAAGUUCCACUAUCCCGUAACUCUCCAGUGAGGACAUCCCAGUACGACAAGAAUGGCCGGAAGAUUAAGCCUGUUAGCAAUUCGGUAAACACAUCUCCUAGCAAAACCGGACCAACGUCGGCCUUGGCACAGCAACUUAUGGAAGCGGCAGCGGGUGCUCAAAAUGAUACGCAAAUCAUUGAAAAGGUGAAACAACUGCUCUCUAGAUAUUCAUCGAAUCAACCCAUGACACCGGGCGGAAGCGAGUAUGACGACUUCACCACCGCGUGGGUCAACAACAACGGAGUAGUUGACCGCAACAUAAGCAAUUCGCCGAAAACGCAGUCCAAGCGAAGCUCUACCGUUUCCACUACGUCCGAAGGCGCAAACUGCAAGGAAAUUCCCUCGGUCAUGUCACCACGGCGGGACAAUAAGGGUAUGUCGAAGAUUCCGGCACCGGUUCGGUCCAACACCGGUCUGUACUGACACCGACGCAACCAGUCAUUGAAUAGUUUUGGUGCUAAGCAAUGAUUGCCGAUGAAAGGACUCUUACACUGUUCUAAGGUCCCAAAGGAAAUGCAGGAAUGAAACGACUAUGUGCUACAAUAUAUAGUGUUUCCUUUAUGAGUUGCCAUCAUCCGCGCUUAGCAUCAUCAGUUACAUCGGGAUAUCCAUAUCAUUUAUAUCUGUGUGUGUUACAUGGAAGUGCUGUUAUUAA